AUGGGAAACAAAGAAGGCAAGAAAGCCUCAAUGGCUUUCCUGUUCACUAUUAGUGCGCUUCUAGUUUUACUAGUGUUUAUGAGUUUUCCUUUUCUUACUGAUGCAGGAUUAGAUUAUAAGCCAAAACCACCAACAUAUAAGCCCAAGUCCCCUCCACCACCAUCAAAGAAGCCACCGGUUUACACAAAACCACUUACCCAGGAAAAGCCAACAAAUCCAAGAUAUCCACCACCAUCAAAGAGGGGAUACCGUGUGCCACCAACACCUACCCAUCAUGGAAAGUCAUAUCAGGAAUUCACGCCAUCAUCAAAGAAGCUACAUGAACGAAAACUAUUCAGGACAGGUCCUGGAAAUCAUUUCAAGAAAUCUCUACCACCACCACCAAUGAAACCACAUGAACGACAAUUAUUCAGGACUAGUCCGGAAAACAAUUUUAAGAAAUAUCUACCACCACCACCACCACCAAAGAAGCCACAUGAACAAGAACUAUUUAAGACCGGUCCUGGAAAUAAUUUCAAGAAAUCUCUGCCGCCAUCACCACCGCUAAAGACGCCACGUGAAAGAGAAUUAUUCAGUACUAGUCCUGGAAAUAAUUUCAAGAAAUCUUUACCACCACCAAAAAAACCACAUGAACAAGAAUUAUUCAGGACUGGUCCUGGAAAUAAUUUCAAGAAAUCUCUACCACCAUCAAAGAAGCCACAUGAACGAGAAUUAUUCAGGACUGGUCCUGGAAAUUAUUGCCACCACCACCAGCAAAGACGCCACGUGUGUAACACCCCGAAUUUCGGGCCUGAAUUUCAACCCAAAUCCAAAACCCAAAAUCCAAGAUGCUACCUUUAA